UCAGGCCAAGCAGCCUCAACAAAUGCAAUGCUCCAAGAAGUUUCUAAAGAACUUUAAUUAAACCUGUAAUACAAAAAUUUACAGAAACACAAAGGAUGCUUUAUUUGUGCGUGGAGUCUUCAUAGCCAUAAGAUGGGUAUUCUUUCUGUACUUGCUAUACCAUUACUUCUCUUUGGGAUCAGUGGGAUUAUUUACAUUUACCAGUCAGUCAGGUGGCUAUUGUCCAAAUCUGUUGUGCAAAACAAGGUGGUGGUGAUCACGGAUGCCAUCUCUGGACUGGGCAAGGAAUGUUCUCGGGUGUUUCACACAGAAGGAGCAAGGCUUGUGUUGUGUGGAAGGACAUGGGAAAAGCUAGAAGACUUGUAUGAUGCUUUACUUAGUGUGUCAGACCCCAGUAUGACAUAUGCACCGAAGCUCAUACUUCUGGAUAUCUCGGACAUAAACUGCAUUCGAGAUGUAGCUAAGGAAAUCCUGAAUUGCUAUGGCUGUGUGGACAUACUGAUCAACAAUGCAAGUAUGAAGGUGAAAGGAGCAGUACAAAGCAUUUCUUUGGAACUUGAUAAAAAGAUAAUGGAUGCCAACUAUUUUGGACCUAUAACGUUAACCAAAGCCAUUCUUCCCAACAUGAUCUCAAGAAGAACUGGCCACAUUGUGCUAAUUAAUAGUAUCCAAGGAAAAAUAGGAAUGCCAUUUCGUGCAGCUUAUGCUGCUUCUAAGCAUGCUGCUGUAGGCUUUUUUGAUUGUCUUAGAGCUGAAAUGGAAGAAUUUGAUAUCUCUGUAAGCACUGUGAAUCCAACCUUCGUCUGUUCAUACUAUCAUCAACCAGCACCUGGCAACUGGGAGGCAUCUAUUUGGAAAUCCUUUUUCAGAAAGGUGGAAUAUGGUGUGCACCCAGUGGAGGUGGCAGAGGAAGUCCUGCGCACAGUGAGCAGGAAGAAGCAGGAGGUUCUUAUGGCCAACCCUAUCCCCAGAGCAGCCAUUUACAUUCGCACCUUCUUCCCUCAGCUGUUUUUUGCCAUUGUUGCCUCAGGGGUUAGGGAAAAGAUAAAAAUAAAUGAAGAAGAUUAGUUUUGCUUAGUUCUUUUCUCUGCUUUUGACCUGAAAAGUAGUUUGUAUUUCAGCUGUCAAAGAUUUCUGCUUUUCAGUAUGGACAGAAUAAAGCCAGAGGCUUUAUUAAACA